AUGGGAGUCGGAGCAGUUCCUAACUCGUCAAAUCGCGUUCAAGAAAAGGGGAUUUCAGGGAGCUUAAAAAAUUCCGAGGGGAAGCGCAAAGUCUCCGAGGUGGACAAAAAAUGGAUGGGCUUUUCCUCCAGUUUCGGGGAGCGGGAAGCGGAGGAUGAAUUUGAACAACCUACCAUGUCCUUUGAGUCGUACCUCAGCUACGACCAGCCCCAGAAAAAGAAGAAGAAAGUGGUCAAAGCCUCUGGGUCAGCUGGGGAGAAAGACCAACGGCACAGCAACCAGAACGGCUCCAAGGCCAGUACCAACAGCUCAAGCUCCAGUCGCAAAAGUCCAAGCCACAAGCGCCCCAGUGAGAAAAAGGCAGAGAAGGAACUAUCGGAGCCCCCUAAACCAAAGAGGGUACUUUUGGAUGUGGUACCAACGUUACCAGACAUCCCACUGCCGCCGAUCCAAGCCAACUACCUCCCUCUUCCUUCGAUCGAGUCCAGUACGUGCUCCCAGAGGAAAAGGAAAGCACUGUCCUCGCCACUUGAAGAGAGCGAAGGAGGUUUUACAGGCCGCCGCUUGAAUUCAAAGAUGCAAGUCUAUUCAGGCUCCAAAACUGCCUACCUCCCAAAGAUGAUGUCUCUCUAUGAGCAAUGUAUCAGAGUCCUCAGAAACAACAUUGACUCGAUAUAUGAAGUGGGUGGUGUCCCUUUCUCGGCGCUGGAGCCAGUGUUGGAGAGAUGCACCCCAGAGCAGCUGUAUCGCAUUGAGGAACGAAAUCCUGUCCUCAUUGAGGAUACAGAUCAACUGUGGCACAAUCACUGCCUCCGAGACUUCAAGAACGAGAAGCCGGAAGCGUUUGAGUCCUGGCGGGAGAUGUACCUUCGCCUUCACAACGCACGAGAGCAGCGGCUGCUCACGUUGGUACACAACAUCAGCUCAGCUCAGGCCAACAAACCCAAAGGUCGAGUGGCUCAAAUGGCGUUUGUGGACGGUGCCCCAAAGCCCCCUCGGGACGUACAAAGGAGACAAGAGAAGUUUGGGACUGGAGGACCUCUUCUGCCAGAGAAGACCAAAAUAAAACCAGUCCUGUACCCGGCUAGCAAAAGCCACACUCGUGUGAGUGAGGAGCAGUCCUAUGACGGGCCCAGCACCAGCAGUGCCCAUUCUGUCCCGUCUUCUGCUAGCACCUUCUCCUCCUACAACCCCAGGAAACCACCAGUGAAGAAAGCUGCGCCCUUGAUGGCAAAGACUAUCAAAGCUUUCAAAAACAGGUUCUCUCGGAGAUAAGUUUGCAGUGCAGACCUGGGAC